UGUUUCCCCUCUUCUUUCAAGCUGGCCCACGUCACCCCACUGCUGAAAAAGCCCACUCUGGAUCCCUCUGUCAUCCAGAACUACCGUCCUGUCUCCCUUCUCCCUUUCCUAUCCAAAACAAUUGAACGAGCUGCUUCUAAUCAACUCUCCUCUUUUCUCUCCCUGAACAACCUCCUAGACCCCUACCAGUCUGGCUUCAGACCUGGCCACUCGACAGAGACCGCACUCCUCUCGGUCAAUGAGUCGCUUCACGCCGCACAAGCAGCCUCCCAUUCAUCUGUCCUGAUCCUCCUAGACCGUUCUGCUGCCUUUGACACCGUCAACCAUCCCAUCCUCCUGUCCUCCCUGGCAGCUAUGGGGAUCUGUGGCACAGCACUUGACUGGAUUGAGUCCUACCUCUCCGGUCGCUCCUUCCAAGUCGCCUGGGCUGGUGCAGUAUCAGCACCUCGCCCCCUUGCCACAGGAGUUCCCCAGGGCUCUGUCCUCGGUCCCCUCCUAUUCUCCCUGUACACCCAAUCUCUUGGUCCUGUAAUCUCUGCCCAUGGGUUGUCCUAUCAUUGUUAUGCCGAUGACACCCAACUCUUUCUCUCCUUCCCGCCCUCUGACACUCAGGUCUCUGCUCGCAUCUCUGCUUGCCUGAGGGACAUCCAGAGCUGGAUGGAUAACCACCAUCUUAAGCUGAACCCAGGCAAGACGGAGAUGAUCUUCAUCCCUGCUCCAUCCUCUAACCUUCUCGACUUUUCUAUUUCCCUGGGGGACACUGUGGUGUCAUCAUCACCCACCGCAAAAAACCUUGGAGUGGUGAUGGACAACAGACUGUCCCUCUCCCAGAACAUCACGGCGGUGAGUCGAACGUGCAGGUUCUUCCUGUACAACAUCCGGAGAAUCCGCCCCUUCCUCACCACCUACGCAACCCAGCUCCUGGUUCAAGCGAUGGUCCUGUCCCGCUUGGACUACUGCAACUCGCUACUGGCUGGUCUGCCAGCAUCCGCCAUCAGAUCCCUGCAGCUCAUCCAGAAUGCUGCAGCGCGUCUGGUCUACAACCUCCCCAGACAUUCCCAUGUCACCCCCCUGCUCACUGACCUCCACUGGCUGCCUGUUAUGGCUCGCAUCAAAUUUAAGUCCUUGGUGCUUGCAUACCAGGCAGCUAAGGGGUCAGCACCAGGGUACAUUCAGAGGAUCAUCAGACCCUACACACCAGCCAGACCUCUCUGUUCUGCCACCUCUGGAUGCUUGACACCUCCCCCUCUUCGCGUCUGCACUUCCCGCUCCCGUCUGCUGUCUGUCCUGGCCCCUCGCUGGUGGAAUGACCUCCCCGUGACGGUCAGAACAGCAGAGAAUCUCACCACUUUCAAACGCAGACUGAAGACUCAUCUCUUCAGGCUGCACCUCUCCCCACCCCUCCCUAGCCUAUAGUUCAGCUCACUGUACCUAGCUAGGAUAAUUUGAUUAUGUUAGUGUAUCUGGCAGGAUUGUUUUUGUAUGAUUAGGUGUGAUUCCAGUGCUAGUUUGUACUUGGUAGGAUUCUUGCUUGCUGAACAAGCUUACUCUACAGGGUUGGAGUCCUGAUCGAUGUGGUCACUUCUGGCACUACGAUCCUUACUUCACUCUAGUGUUUCUUUUGCGCCUCUACAUCAUGAAACCUAUGCACUUGUUGUACGUCGCUCUGGAUAAGAGCGUCUGCUAAAUGCCUAUAAUGUAAUGUAAUGUAAUGUUGCCAACACAUCUGUGUUUUAAAGGAUUUCUGAGCAGUGUGUUUGUGUGUGUGAGUGUUUGCAUGAGUGAAUUUGUGUGUGUGUGUGUGUGUGUGCGUGCAUUUGUGUGUACGUGCAUUCUGCGGAUGCUGGCAGACCAGCCAGUAGCGAGUUGCAGUAGUCCAAGCGGGACAGGACCAUCGCUUGAACCAGGAGCUGGGUUGCGUAGGUGGUGAGGAAGGGGAGGAUUCUCCGGAUGUUGUACAGGAAGAACCUGCACGUUCGACUCACCGCCGUGAUGUUCUGGGAGAGGGAAAUAAUUGAGAAGUAGUAGACAAUUAUUAGUGAGGGUGAAAGCAGAUUACAGAAAUGUGUUCUUAGCUGGGCUUGAACCUAGGACCCAAUGAUUCCCAGGCUGUAACCUUGCCCACUAGGCCACAGGCAGGCUAGCAUAUGUCUGCGCAUGUGUGUGUGUGUGUAUGUAUACUUGUGUUUGUGUGUAUGUGUGUGCAUGUGCGUGUGUGUGUGUGUGUGUAUAUGUAUACAUGUGCAUGUGUGUGUCUGCGUGUGUAUGUGUGUGUGGAUGUGCGUGUGUGUGUCUGCGUGUGUAUGUGUGUGUGCGCCCGUGUGCGCGCGUGUGUGUGUAUUUUUCAGGUGUUCUGAGCCAGAGGGGAUGGGGAGUGACUUACACCCCUGAGAGAAUCUGUGCCUUAAAGGGGUCUUCAGUAGACAUGAGCUGCACUUACUCAUAUCCCACAUCUCACACAGUGCAGAAAACUUUCUGGUUUAUUCACUGGAACAAGCCACAGGAGCCUGAGGACCUGUCCCAGGACCCAGAGUACUCUCACCGUGUGGAGUACCUGGGGAAUAAGAACAGUCACUGCACUUUCAGAAUAAAGUCAACUGAAAGAAAGCGAUUCAGCAAUAUAUCGCUUCAAGUUCCUGACCGACCGUUAUGAUGGAAAAUAUACUGGUCAUUCUGGAGCAGCACCUGCACUUUGACUGGCAGCCCAACCUUUACCUAAAUGGACUGCAUUUAUAUAGCGCUUUUAUCCAAAGCGCUUUACAAUUGAUGCCUCUCAUUCGCCAGAGCAGUUAGUGGUUAGGGGUUAGGUGUCUUGCUCAAGGACACUUUGACAUGCCCAGUGCGGGGUUUGAACCGGCAACCCUCCGACUGCCAGACAAUCGGUCUUACCCCCUGAGCUAUGUCGCCCCUGUAACAUAGCUGGUACAAGAAUGGAGAAGUUGUGUCCUAUGAGUGUAAAUACUUCCUCAAUUUAGCCAUCACUGAUGAUACAGAUCUCUACUCCUGUGCUACAGGAGGAGUGACUUCCCCUGCAGUCAAUGUGAAAUGUGUGAAGGUGGAUAUAAAUUCUGAACAGUGUCAGGGGGAGAGACAGUGGAACUGACCUGUAGAGCAACCUGCACUCACCUGACUGAGAGCAACAGCUUCAUUUGGUACAAGAAUGUGCAGCUUCUGACUGAAGACUCCAGGUUCUACCAGUCCUAUAGAAUCCUUAAAUUCAGACGUGACGAUACAGGCAGGCACUCCUGUGCUGUAAGAGGCAAUCAGCAUCUUGUUUCCCCCGCCGUGACUCUCAGUGUGAGAUGUGUAAAGGUUGAAAUGAAAUCUAGCACAGCGAGUGAGGGAGUGAGGGUGACAUUAACCUGUAAAAUCACCUGCACUGACCUGACUGGCAGCCAAACAUUCAUCUGGUACAAGAAUGGACAAUCUCUGUUUUACACCGCCCAGAAAUAUCAAAAUCAUAACUACCUUCAGUUCAAAGCCAGCAGUGGAGAUGCAGGCAGCUACUCCUGUGCAGUAAGAGGUCAUGAGAAUCUCCCGUCCCCAGCAGUGACUCUCUAUCGUUCUAAGAGCGUCUCAGUAUCAGUGAGCCCCUCUGGUGAAAUUGUGGAGGGCAGUUCAGUGACUCUGACCUGCAGCAGCGAUGCCAACCCACCAGUGCAGAGUUACACCUGGUAUAAGAAUAAUAGAGCUGUGUCCCCAUGGGGAGGAUCAGACCGGAGUUUUACCAUUAAAAACAUCAGACUGCAGGAUGCAGGAGAAUACACCUGUCAGACAUGGAAUACGAUUGGGACAGAACGAUCUCCUCCUAAACAUCUUGAUGUGCAGUAUCCUCCGAAGAGCGUCUCAGUAUCAGUGAGCCCCACUGGUGAAAUAGUGGAGGGCAGAUCAGUGGCUCUGACCUGCAGCAGCAGCGAUGCCAACCCAGCAGUGCAGAAAUACACCUGGUAUAAGAAGACUGGAUUUGUAUUCUCGAGGAGAGGAUCAGAACGGAGUUACACCAUUAAAAACAUCACACUGCAGGAUGCUGGAGAAUACUACUGUGAGGCAGAGAAUGCGAUUGGGACAAAAAGAUCUCCUCCUAAACAUCUUGAUGUGCAGUAUGCUCCUAAGAACACCGCAGUAUCUGUGCCCCCCCCUGGUGAAAUAGUGGAGGGCAAAUCAGUGACUCUGACCUGCAGCAGUGAUGCCAACCCAUCAGUGCAGAGAUACACCUGGUUUAAGAAUAGAGCUGAACUCUCAUGGAGAGGAUCCAGUAACACCAUUAAAAGCAUCACACUGCAGGAUGCAGGAGAAUACUACUGUAAGGCACAGAAUAGGAUUGGGACAGAUCGAUCUCCUCCUAAACGUCUUGAUGUGCUGUAUCCUCCGAAGAACGUCUCAGUAUCAGUGAGCCCCUCUGGUGAAAUAGUGGAGGGCAGCUCAGUGAAUCUGACCUGCAGCAGUGAUGCCAACCCACCAGUGCAGAAAUACACCUGCUAUACGAAUUAUAGAGCUGUAUCCUCAGAGACAGGAGGACCAGAGGUCAGUUACACCAUUAAAAACAUCACACUGGAGGAUGCAGGAGAAUACUACUGUGAAGCACGGAAUGUGAUUGGGACAGAACGAUCUCCUCCUAAACAUUUUGAUGUGCAGUAUCCUCCUAAGAGCGUCUCAGUAUCAGUGAGCCCCUCUGGUGAAAUAGUGGAGGGCAGUUCAGUGACUCUGACCUGCAGCAGCCAUGGCAACCCACCAGUGCAUCGAUACAUCUGGUAUAAGAAGAAUAAACCUGUAUCCUCAGAGACAGGAGGACCAGAGGACAGUUACACCAUUAAAAGCAUCACACUGCACGAUGCAGUAGAAUACAUCUGUGUGGCACAGAAUAGGAUUGGGAUAAAAAGAUCUCCUCCUAAAAGUCCUGAUGUGCUGUGUGAGUAUAUCAGUGCAUCUCAGCUUCAGACAGACAGAGCAGAGAGUCAGUAUCUCCUGAGUGUCUUUGGGUAACUUCACAGCAGUAAGACACUGAGUAAAGCAGU